ACUUGUGCAGUAGGAAGCUCAGCUGUGACAUCCACGCUGGAGAUAUCACACAAUUCUGGAUUAUUAUUUUUUUAUUGAUAUUUCCCCCGUAUUCGCAGACAUGGAUUUUGUCAACCACAACUACUUGAGCGCGCGGCGGUCUUACGACUACACCUUUAACUUCUGGAACGACUACCUGGGCUUGACCACCCUGGUCACCAAGAACCACGCACUCAGCAUGCCCCAGAGGAGCCCCAACUCCAUCACGGAGUCCCUGAAGGCCACGCUGGGUCUGGACGACACUCCGGAGUGCGCCUGCGCCAUCGCUGGAGCCAUGGGCGACAGCCUCCCGCUCGACUGCUGCUGCCCGCCCGGAACCCCACCGCCGGGCUCCAUCCUGGAGCUGAAGGAGCGCUUCUCCAUACUGAGCCCCUUCCAGAAGCAGCUGCCGGGGGGUCGAGAGGCGCACGGGUGUCUGGCGGGAAGCUUAGCCGGAUUCGAGCUGCUCGGAGCGGAGCGCAGGACGCGCAAACCCUCCGCCAAGGCCAAGCAGGAGCCCAAAAUCUGCGUGUUCUGCCGGAACAACGGCGCCCCGGAGGAGGUGUACGGCUCCCACGUCCUCAAGACCCCCGACGGGAGGGUGGUGUGCCCCAUUCUGAGGGCGUACACCUGCCCCCUUUGCAGCGCCAACGGGGACAACGCGCACACCAUCAAGUACUGCCCCCUGUCCAAGGACCAGCCCCCCCACAGGCCUCUCAAGGGGGGUAAGAGGAUGCGAAUCUUCUAGAAGCAGACUUUCAAUUGCAUCAAUUGCACUGAACGAUUUUCCCAUCAUUGUGUCAGAUUAGAUGUCAUAUAUUUUUAUACUUCAUUUAUACUUUUGACUUUCCCACAUGGGUGUAGAAAAACACCGUAUAGAAUGUCAGCUUUCUAUUUUUAUAUCUUUUUUCUUCUUAAAAACCAAAGUUUUGUUCACCAUUUCAAAAAAAAAGGUGAGGAAAGUAUCCGGUAGCAUAAAAAGAAACAUGGCGGCCGUCAUGUCAACAUUUCAUCUGAGAAACAAAGUUGACUUUUUUUUUUUUUUUUUAUUAGCGACACUCUGACUGGAUCCUUUCUUUGUCAUAACUUUGCUUUUUCUUUACAUUUCCACUCCCGAGACAAGCAAAUGAAUGUCAAAACACACACGGUUCUAUUCCUAUAAUCCCAAAUAAUCCAUGAGAAUGUAUCCCACUGACACGGAAGUUUAGUCGACCAAAGCAUCCGUCGUGUCAUUCAGUAUAGUCCAACCUUUCAGAAAAGUGACCUCAACCCCCCCCCCCCCCUCUCUUUUUGUACUUCUAUGUAAAAAAAAAACAACACAAAAACUUUAUUGAUAUAGUGCCAUUUAUAAUGAGGGUUUUUUGAUAGUAUUUGUAUCGCAUACUUGUACUUGUGUUACCAUUUAACAUCAUUGUAUGUAAAUAUACUCGAUAUACUUUUUAACUCCUUGCAAGAGAGCAAAUCUACUGAAUAAAUUGACUUUUGAGUAAAUGAAGAUGAGAUAAUGAAACUUUUGUUAUUUAUAUUUGCUGCUGUGCAGAAUAACAUGAAGAGAA